UGGCGGCGGAGGUGGUGGUGCUGGUGCAUCAGCAACAGCAGUAAAAGUAGUAGUAGUAGUUGUAGUAGUAGUAGUAGAAACAGCAGUAACAACAGUAACAGCAUUGGUCCUAAGAAAACCCAGUACACGACAAAUUUUCCUGAUGCAAGAAAUGAUCGAUGAUUACCACCAGUUGAAGAAGAAGACGACGACGAGGACGACCACGACGACAUCGAUAAUAAUAAUUAUGAUAACGACGAUGAUGAUAAUGAUGAUGAUGGUGAUGAUGAUGAUGAUGAUGAUGACAGUAACAGUAACAACUACGACGGAAUAAGACAAAUCUUACCUAGGAUAAAUAUAUAUAUGUAUAUAUGUCACACAUACAUAUAUAUAUUUUUUGUCUUUCGAAAAAAGAAACGAUAUAAAUCUCAAUUGAAAUUAUUCAACAUUUCGAGCUUGAUAAUAUAACAGUUGUGUGUUAACGAAGUAUCACAAUGAACGCCAGAACGCAAUUAUUUGAAUUAACCAUGGAGGGUCGUCAAGUGGACGAAGCUGUAGCAAGUAUAUUUCACAGCGUUCUAUUUCAUAGAAGCCUUGGAAAAUUUAAGUACAAAGAAGAAGGCAGCUAUUCCGUCGGCACUGUCGGAUAUCAAGAUGUUGAUUGUGAUUUCAUCGAUUUCACAUACGUAUGCUGUUCUUCGGUACAUCUUGACCAAACUAUAAAAAAAGAAAUAUCUGGUUUCUCUGAAGCUUUACGUUCUACGGAUAGUCCCGGUUCUGGUCAAAUAUCAUUGGAAUUUUUUCAAAGAAAGAAGAACCGUUGGCCCUUCCAUACUGAGUGUAUACCGUGGGAAGUAUGGACGGUCAGGUUACAGCUAAUUAAAUUAGCCACCGAGCACGAACGUCAAAUAUGUAGAGAGAAAGUUGGUGAUUUAUUGACGGAAAAAAUUCUUUAUAUAACUGAGGUCAUGAACAGGCACGACUAUUUACCAAAAAUGCCAAAUCAAGCUGAAUUAGAUUUGAUUUUUGAUACUUCUUAUCCGGACGUUCAGCCUUACUUAUUUAAAUUGUCUUUUACAACUUCUAGCCCAUCGAGUUCUACCAUGGGUAAUACAAUGAAGAAGUUGAUAAAGGAGACAUUGUCCAUUUAGUUAUAAUAUCAAUUUUCAAUUAGAUUAAUUAAAUAAAUGACUAAUCUUUUAAGUAAAAACAAUGAGUAAUGUAUAAGAAAAUAUACAUAAAUUUAGUGAAGUUUCAUUUACAAUGAUCACGUAUAUUAAAUUCAUUCUA